UCCACGGGAUGCUUUGACUUCUUCGUCUAUGUCCCUCCCUCUUUUACUCUCUCCUCAUCGCCCUCCCCGGUGUAGGCUAGUCAUCUGAAGCUCGCAGCAACGCACUUACACGGAUCAUUCAGAUCAAGACGAAAAGACUGGGCUCGUGCAGUAUUGGAUUGAUUAGUUCGUAGCGCGCAACGCCAUCCUCUCCUGGAUGAGUGUUUGACAGAAAGGUAGGGAAGGAACCUUCGCCAGACGGUUUGAGCUGAGUUGCUUUGGCUGCAGAGCUGGGCGCUGAGUCUGGUACAGAAGGCUGUAGAAGAGUCCUCCCACCUGAGGGGGGCAGUAGCAGUCAUGCAGGACUCUGCCUCGGAUGGCAAGAUGGCCAAACAUGAUCAAGACUCCAAACCUCUCGAUGACUACAGGGACACAGAUGAUCUGUCAGAGAAAACCACCCCCAGCAAGAUGCCCAAAUCACCACAGAAGUCCUCCAAGCGGCCAAAGACUGCCCCAUUCAAGGUCACCCUUCUUGAUACCACCGAAUACGAGGCAGCAAUUGAGAAGCACACCAAAGGACAGGUGCUGAUGGACAUGGUGUUUGAACAUCUCAACCUGCUUGAGAAAGACUACUAUGGCCUGACAUUCAGUGAUGCAGACAGUCAAAAGAACUGGCUGGAUCCAUCCAAGGAGAUCAAGAAGCAGAUGCGCACUGCUCCCUGGAACUUUGUCUUUGCUGUCAAAUUCUACCCCCCAGACCCCUCCCAGCUUACAGAGGACAUUACCAGGUAUUACCUGUGUCUGCAACUAAGGGAUGACAUGCUAUCAGGUCGCCUGCCCUGCUCCUUCGUCACCCACGCCCUCCUGGGCUCCUACGCCGUCCAGGCCGAGCUGGGAGACUACGACCACGAUGACCAUGGCACCGACUACGUCAACGACUUCCGCUUCGCCCCCAACCAGACUCGCGAGCUGGAGGAGAGAGUGAUGGAGCUGCACCGCACCUACAAGGGUAUGACUCCAGCUGAGGCAGAAAUCAACUUCCUGGAGAAUGCAAAGAAGCUGUCCAUGUAUGGAGUAGACCUCCAUCAUGCCAAGGAUUCAGAAGGGAUAGAUAUCAUGCUGGGUGUUUGUGCCAAUGGACUGCUGAUCUACAGGGACCGUCUGAGGAUCAAUCGCUUCGCCUGGCCCAAGAUCCUCAAGAUAUCCUACAAGAGGAGCAACUUCUACAUCAAGAUCCGUCCUGGAGAGUAUGAACAGUUUGAAAGCACCAUUGGUUUCAAGCUCCCCAACCACCGAGCCGCCAAGAGACUGUGGAAAGUCUGCAUUGAGCACCACACCUUCUUCAGGCUGGUGUCCCCGGAGCCUCCCCCCAAGGGGUUCCUGGUGAUGGGCUCUAAGUUCCGUUACAGUGGGAGGACCCAGGCCCAGACCCGGCAGGCCAGCGCCCUCAUAGACCGGCCCGCCCCUCACUUUGAACGCUCCGCCAGCAAGAGGUACUUGCUAUCUCGCAGCUUGGACGGCGCAGAGUUCUCCCGACCGGUCUCGGCAAUGUGUGGGAACCAAGACAAGCUGUUUCAGCGCAGUGUCAGUGGACAGCCCCACGUACACAGCCCCUCUGGGGAUGAGCAGGACACUGAGCUGGAACCCAGUCUGGACCAGGACCAGGACCAGGACCAGGACCAGGAGGAUGAACACGACCUGGACCAGAAGGAGGAAGACGUGGAGGACCAGGAAGAGGUGACCACUCCCAGCAGAAAGAGGGAAAUGAAGGAGGAUGCUGAGUCACAUCUUGAGAGUAAACAGGAGUUUUUGGAUAAGCCUGAGGAUAUGUUGCUGAAGCACCAGGCCAGCAUCAAUGAGCUGAAGAGAGCGCUGAGGGAGCCCAAGUUGAUGAACCGUGAGAAGCGUCUGUCAGGGUCCUCCCCAGGCGGCACCCCAGAGAAGAAGGCUGGCUCUGAGGAGUGGGUAUUGAUUGAGAAACAAGACACUUAUCAGGACCCUGACUGGAAGGCAGAGAAGGAAAAGAACAAAACUCGCACCUCACCUCCUCCAUUAAUGGCUGACUCCUCCUGGGAGAGAAAAAAAAAACCUGAGAAAGAAAGAGAUAAAGCCAAGAUGAUACAUAUUGAGGUUACAGGAGAUGAUGGGAAAGAAAUGAGAACCUGUAUAGAUGACUUUACCUCGUCCAUAUCUAAGGAAGCCUGUGAACAUCCUGAACAAAGAUUGAGCAACAGCAGUCGUUUUGUGGUGGCAUUAGCAGACACUCCUGAAUCUCCUGAAAGGGAUUCUCGACGUAAAAUACCCCCGGCUUCCGAUCCAUCUCCAAAGAAUGACAUGGUUCCAGACCCACACAGGGGAAAGGAACAGGAGCCCCACAGAAUCAGAAAAAAGAGGAGACCUCAGAGUUUAAACCUGGGAAUGUCCACAGAAUUCAUCUAUGAGAAAGAGGGGGAUGGCUCCAAUGAAGAGGACGAGGCGUCUGACGGGGAGCAGAGGUCUUCAGAGAUAGAGGGACCAGUCUUUCAUCCUGAGAGGCGGACAGCAGGAUCAGAACAAAGAGAACUCGGCCCUCUUCAAGAUGACCAAAGAUCAAGCGAGACGAAGCAGAAGGCUGGCCCUGUGUUUGAUGACCCCCAGCUCGACCAUAGCACAUCGGUAGGAGAGGACAGGGACACUUCUCCUCAUGAGAUCAUAAAUCCUGACACAAGAAUGGACCCAAAGAGUCCAUUUAGUGAAAGCCAGUCAGCAGACCAAGGACUAGGACCAGUGAAUGGCCCGGGGAAGGCAGAGCCUGACAGUUCGCCUGCACAUUUUAAAGAUGAGUCACAGGUCAGACAGAAAGGCAUGGCUGACCGUAGAGACUCCACAGUGUCACAGCUGAGACAGGUCAGGACACAUGAGAGAAAGGCCAGCAGCUCUGGGGGAGAGGAUAUUGAAGGUCUUGCAUCAGACAAGGGUCAGAGAAGGUCCUUUCAGAGGCUGUCGGGCAGCAGUCAGUCCGAAAUAACCAGGAUUGUUCCUCUCAAGCCUGAGAGAUCAAAGAGUGUCGCCUGCAAGGAUGAGACAGACAGAGAGACAGAAUGUGAUAGUUUUAAGGAGAGGAUUUUGAGACGAGAGUAUCGUUGGUCGGUUGGUUCUCCAGAGGGAUCCGAGUGGACGGACAUUCCCACGUUUCAUCCUACGUUUACCCUGCCGUCUUCCAGCUCCAUUGCCACUAGCGCUAAUCCAGGACAACCAGUCCACUCUCUAACCUCCAUUCAGAGAGACAUGCAGCAGCACCCGGAGGAAUGGGGCCUCGUUGAUGUGGCAGGUGAAGUGGAGGAUAAAACGGAAGAGUUGGUUCAGUCGCAAAGCAGAGCUGCUUGGGAGGAUGCGUAUCAGCCAGCGAGGGGACCCACAGAGAGUCAUCUGCUCAGCUCAAAGGCUUCAGCGCUUUCGAAAACGGCUCCUCCUGCCCCGCCAGUGAAAACACAGAAGGCCAGGGAGUCUGGACUCAUACUCCGGAACAGCCGCAAUGCCAGCAGGGAGCCUGGCCAGGACGCUGCCAAGAAGAGACACUCGGAGCCUCUCUCCACCACUGCCAUUUACGAAGAGCAGCUAGCUGAUAUCAAGAGGGAACCCUGGGAGAGGAGGCCUCGGCCAGGCUCUGUUUCCGAGGAGGACCAGGAGCGUGACACUAGCGUCUGCAUGAAGGAGACCCACCUGGGCAUCGAGCGCAAAUGCUCCAGCAUGACGGUCAGCUCCACGUCCAGCCUGGAGGCGGAGGUGGACUUCACUGUGAUCAUGGACCUCCACUCAGAGGUGGGGCAGUUCUCCGAGGGUAUGUCAGAGCUAGGAGCCAAGGAACACCAGCCGGAGGUGGGCCGGGAGGACUUUGAAGAAACCUCCAAGUUCUACUCGGCCCGUCUCAUGGGCUCCCAUGACAGGUUCCCUGUAGAGCAGAGGCCCCCAGAGGAGCGUGUGCAUCAUGAGCCCCCCGUGGCCAGGAAGGACGCUAGUGCUGUGAAUGUUGCCCACAUGCUGAGGAAGGCUGACUCCAGGACUGAGACACACACUAAUGGCUCUGAACCCACCAGCCACAGCAUGGAUGGCUCUCGUCAGCAAAUGGAGGAUGACAUCACCUGUUUGGAGACAAAAGCCUCCUUCACUGACGUUGCUGAGCCACUAGAGGGUGAUGUGAACCAGGCAAUGUUAGGCAGAAAGGAGACAAUUUCUGCCAGCAAAGAGAAUGGAUCCCCUGUGAAAGCAGCUCCCCUGGGGAGAGAAUCUUUAGUGUCCCCGCUGACUGUCACUGCUGAAAAUGUCACCUCAGCGACCACCACUCAAGUUACCAAGACAGUGAAAGGGGGCUACUCAGAGACCAGGAUUGAGAAACGGAUCAUCAUCACCGGAGACGAUGAUGUGGACCAACAUCAGGCCCUUGCCAUGGCCAUACAGGAAGCCAAGCAGCAGCACCCUGACAUGCUGGUGACAAAAGCAGUGGUUGUCAGGGAAACAGAAUCGCCAACUGAGGAGAAACACAGAAAAUCUGAGUCCUGAUUGCUCCUGGUGGCUCCUGGGACUGGGGACAGGAGUUGGGCCUUGUCGUCAGUAGCCUGACCCACCCUACAGUACUGUAAGCCACCACUGCAAGAGGACUACCUGCCCUACAGUGUAUACAACACAACAGGCCGUGCUACAACACAACACACCUCCUCUUUCCAUCCCUUUAGCCAAAACCGACUGUGAUCUUGCCUCCAACCCAACAUGGCCUCCCCAAUCCCCCCAGACCUAACUCUCCUCCUCUGGAACAUGCCCCUUCUGGGAUUCAUAUCCAGGUUUGUUCUAGUGUUGAGAACAGAGGUUUAGGCUGCAGUGUUUAUAGCACCAAAAACUUGUACAUGACAAAGAUAUUGCUAUUGUUUGCAUUCUCACAAGUGGGAGGUCUGUCUUACUUUGAUUGACAUGGUGGUUCAUGGUAGUUCAAAUAUUAUUUGGCCCUUAAUUUGUACAGAUUUAUUGCAUCCAUUAGAAUACAACUGGCCAUGCCUAGAUGUUACCCACCCUGAGUUAAAGCGAAUUGACUCCACCCCCCCAGCAAACAUUGAUUUACGGUACUUGUAACCACUGAUCAUAAAUGUUACAGUAAGUCAAUACCCCCCCACUUACAUAUUGCUCUCACAUAUGGUUACCAUGGAGAUGCUAUAUGCUGACAACAUGCAUUUAGCAUGAAAGAGGGGGUUCAGUUGAUGAGAGGGGUGGGGGGAGGGGAUAGGCAGGAUGCAUUAUGGGGCCAGUGGUGAUGGCCAGCCUUUAACGCUUGUUGUUACAAAAGUGACACAUAUAUUCAACAGCUCUCUUAUUAGCUUUUUACGUUUUUAAUAACAAUAGAAGAUCAAAUUUAUGCCCUGUGUUUGCUUGUUUAUGAAAUUAAUUAGAUUAUCAUAAUCACAUGCAUGAUUCAAAAUAGUGUUGGGAAUGAGAAAAACAACAUGGAAGGUGUCUAAUGUCCAUAGGAAGAGCCCAGAUGACUUAACAUUGAGACACACAUAUACCUGAAAGACCAUGUGGAUUACUGGUGAUGUGCAUGCCAGCCGAUGCUGAUGAAACUGAAGGACAUUAGGACAACUCAACACAAGUGGACUAAAUCAGCACGGACGAGGGGCUUGGCUUACAGGGUGUACCUAGUAGUUUACAGUCUCCCCCUGAAACAAACUGAAUUACCUCUGUUGUUCUUACCCCAUACCACCCUUGCAGUCAAUCUUCCAUUCUGUUUGUCACAAAAUGCUGGUCAUGUAGUCCAUUCACGGUUAUGACUUUUAAAGCCAAUGAGUGGUUUCAUAUAAUGUUUUAUCUAAGAAAAUAAACUGUAUGUUUUUUAUUUUUUAUUACUUGAGUUGUUUUUAAGUUAUGGUGUAGGAGUUUAACAUUUGUAUUUAUAAGAGUGGUGAAUGUGAGUGUGGUUUUUUUCCUUUCUAAAAAAGUGUAUCCUCUUUUGUCCCAGACAAAGCCUGGAUUUAUAUGGUGAUAUGUUGAAGCCCCAAGCCCAUCUAUAUGAAAAGACAAGAAGCUGAACUGUAGAACUGUUACAACUGGGAUUCUCUUUCUGGUCCAGGUUCCCAUUGUUGAGGUGUCAGCCUCUAUCUGGCCACUUGUAUAGAGGGUUGCUUAUGCCCUUUAAAUCACAUCUAUUAUACUUAGCUUUCUGUACAUCAGCCAGUUUGAGACAUUGCACAAACAGUGAUGUGAAAGGUACAUUUUUAAUAACACUAUGCAUCUAACUAACUAAUGGAAAGGUCUCGUAGGGAUCCUGAUUCACAUUUGCAGUGUUGCUUUCAUAGUCGUCUUGUGCUACUCUUAAUCAAAGCGGUAUAUCCCACUGCUUGUGAGACUUGCAAUAACUGUCUCCUGUAGCCACCUUGCUAAUCUAUUAUUCGUCUACUAAGAGGAGAAAACUGUGAACUGUCAUGCAGUAUUACCAAAUCAUACCUGAUGGAGUUAGUUAUGAGCGGAGCUCCACUACACAGUGUGUCCAUGGCUUUGUCACCCUGCCUGUCUAAAUGAGUCUACUCACUUUUUCUUGUUGUGACUGUGGAAGCUUUGGACUCGUCUUACCUGCUGUUAACUUAAAUCUCUGUGAAUUCUCUCUGUUAAGUCUCCUUAGCAAUGAAUUUGUAUAUUUUACUGUAUUUUAUUUGAUCUUAUUCUAUUUUAUCUGGUCAAAUGACACUGGAUUGUUGUGAAGGCAAUUGCUUACAGUGAUAGCAGCAGUUAUUUUAGAGAGUUCUCUGUUUUUGGUCUAUUCUCUCUGAACAAGAUGGUUUACUUGCUAUAAGCAGUGGGAACAAAGUUGCUAUGUAUAGCUGAUGUGGUGGGUUGAAGGGUGGAUUGCAUAUUAUUUAUAAACAUUUUCUAUAUAAUUUCUUAUGUUUGUGGAUAAAUUACAGUAUACUAUUAGUGGGACUUGGCUGGGUGCAUUUUAUAACAAACACGUUAGAAAGUGAAGCAGUGCAAUAUUGUUGUCAUACUGAUAAUGGGUGUAAUACUGUUUUAGGAAUUGCCACAUACUGGACUACUUACUGUAAAACUGUACAAGAGGCUCUGAGGUCUUUGGUUUCUUCUGAGGUGACCUUUACCCCUGAGGCCUAAGGAAGAUACAGAAUUAAAAGUCCUGGUCAAGCACUGGGCACUUUGACUUCAAGUGUUUCACUUGAAACCACUCUUCCAAUAGCUUCCACCUUACAACUCACCACAGCCUUUUGCUCUAAAUUCCCCUAGUGCUUGGUGGUGUGUUUGCUGUAUUUGCAUUCAGUCUAAAUGGAAAACAUACAUGCAUAAAUAAAUGUCUCAGUGCACUUCAA